AUGUUUUUCAGCGCUUCCUCCGUGGUCACACGGUGGUAUUUUCAAGCCUAUGAAGCUGAACUGGCCAUGACGAAACGUAACUAUAUUCUCUCUUCUGGCCAAUAUCGCAGUCGCAAAGGAGCCGAGCAAUAUGGUUGGCUUCUGACUUGCGCCAGCACGACAUUCGAAUAUCCAUACUCGAAUGUAUUCUCUGGUGGCCACUUGACCGCGAUGACGCGAGUUCAGCCUGAGCUCAAAAUAUGCCUCUGGAAAAUGAAACAAUCCUUCGGGCACGCUUGA